AUGAAGGUAAUGUCAGUAGCCCUAUUUUCCUUAAUAAUAUUUAAUAUUGUUUUAGCAAAAAAUACUUCUGAUUCAGGGCCCACCACGAAUUCCUCUUCAUUAUUGGAAGAAAAUACAAAAAAAACCCAUAAGACGACAGAAGAAUCAGUUAAUGUUAAAGGUAAGAGACCAUAUAAAAAAGCCUAUGAAGAAAACCAUGAAGAAAACUAUGGAGAAAACUAUGAAGAAAACUAUGAAGAAAACUAUGAAGAUAUGGUAAAGGAUAUUUUUAUGCCUCUUGAGGACAGUUAUCAAUACAGCCGAAAUAAUUCACAUAAACAAGAUGACAUCCCCCCUCCAGUAUCUAAUGGGCCUAAAAAACAAAAAUUUACAGAAAAACGACAAUUACGUACAAUAAAUGAAAAUAACAAAAUAUAUAAAAAACCCAAGGACUUAUUGUGUACCGAUCCAAAAAAAGAUACAAAAACCGUAUCAAAAACCGAAUCAAAUACCGUAUCAAAAACUGUACCAAAAACCGUAUCAAAAACCGUAUCAAAAACCGAAUCAAAAACCGAAUCAAAAACCGAAUCAAAAACCGAAUCAAAAACCGAAUCAAAAACCGAAUCAAAAACCGAAUCAAAAACCGAAUCAAAAACCGAAUCAAAAACCGAAUCAAAAACCGAAUCAAAAACCGAAUCAAAAACCGAAUCAAAAACCGAAUCAAAAACCGAAUCAAAUACCGAAUCAAAAACAAAAACCAAACCCUCAAAACAUUAUCCUACCGCAGAAGAAAUAUAUGAAAACAACAAACAUCUAUUAUGUACCAAUCCAAAAGAAACUGAAAAUGCGGUCGAAUAUAUGAAAGAAGCUGUAAUGCAUUUUAAAGAUCAUGCUUCAGAUUUAGAUAAUUUUAAACGUCGUCCAGUAAUAGGUGAUACUUAUCUGGUUUUAUAUGAAAAGAGCCAUGAAGGCCAUACAGAUUUUCAAAAAAUUCAAUCUAUAUAUGAUAAUCCCAAUGAGUUUGAUGAAAUAAUAAAUAAGUUAUGGGAUCCUGAUAGUGCCAAAUAUCCCAAUGCUACCUCUGUUAAAAGGAAAAUUGUCCGUGUAUACAAUCCAAAUUUAGUAUUGAUACAACAACGUUACAAAAGUUCGAUUUUUGGCCGUUGGAAAUAUUUUUAUGCUUUAGCUACAAAGGUUGAAGUGACAAAAUAUUUAACUUUAAUUGUUAUGAGUUCAGUAAAUGUAAUUGACCACCACCCUUCUAAAAAAGAAUUUAAAAACACGAUAAUAGAAAGUGCAAAUUCAUUCAAAAUUGAAGUUGAUUCUGAAGAAGAUAUUAGACAAGGAAAAAUAAAAAAAACAUUUGUUAACAUAGCUGGAUAUUACCUUCAAAAAUAUAAUAGUAUUAUUGAUUGCACAUUUGUCUCAUCUGUUAAUGGGCAUUCUGCAAUUAGCAAAUCUGCAUAA